UUAUCAAAAAUAAUUUUCUAAACUUUAAUAUUAACGCCCCACUUAUUUCUUCAAAACCCAAAGAAUUUACUUACGGGACUAUGGCUGAACAACAACAACAGCCUUCUAAUCCCUCUACUGACGACAAGACUGAAAUUUCGGGCGCUCCAAAAGAUGCGGAACAACGUGAGCCACUGCUAAUUGCAAGACAGGAUGCGACUGGGGAUGACCAAAAAGCUAAACGAACUGUUCCGGAAGGACAUUGGACAAAAUCUCUCAUUUUUGCUGUUUUGGCAGCAGCUUUUGGAAGCUCUUUUCAAUUUGGUUAUCAUAUUGGAUGCAUUAAUCUGCCCGCCGACCUUAUCAAACAAUGGUUUUCCGAGCAAAUUUCUGGAUCUGAUGCUGCCACCAUUGAAGCAAGAUGGGGUAUGGCAGUUGGAGUUUUUGCUGUUGGUGGUAUGAUUGGAGGAAAUUUGGUUGGAAUUGUUGCUACAAAACUUGGGCGGAAACGUGCACUUUUGUACAACAACGCUUUGGCUAUAAUCUCUGGGGCUUUAAUGGCGGGAGCUAAAUUUGUGGGAAAUUAUUGGCUUUUCAUUUUGGGCCGUCUUAUUGUUGGAAUAAAUGCUGGAUUAAACAGUGGAUUGGCACCAAUGUAUUUGACUGAAGUUUCGCCUGCAAACUUGCGUGGAGCGACUGGCUCGUUUGCUCAGUUGUUUGUGACUAUUGCCAUCCUUUUCUCUCAGAUUCUUGGACUCCCGUUUUUAUUGGGAACUGUUGAGAGAUGGCCGUUUAUUUUUGCUUUUACUUUUGUGCCUGUUAUUGUUCAACUGUGCACUCUUACAUUCUGCCCUGAGACCCCUGAAUUCACUAUUGUUGUUAAAGGCCAAAGAGAUCAAGCAGAGAAAGACUUGAAAAAACUUCGCGAGAGUGAAGAUGUUCAAGCUGAACUUGACCUAAUUUCUGACGAAGCUGCAAAAGCCAAUUCUGGAGCUCCUUCCUCCAUGAAAGACAUUUAUGGUACCAGACUUCCAUGGCCUUUGGUUCUUGCUUUGUUUAUGAUGAUUUCUCAACAAUUGAGUGGAAUUAACGCUGCAAUGUUUUAUUCGACUGCUAUUUUCAAGGGAGCCGGUCUUAAAGGACAAUGGCCAAACUAUGCCACAAUUGCAAUGGGGGCUAUAAAUGUUUUGAUGACUGUUGUGUCUGUUUAUUUGGUUGAACAUCCCCGCUUUGGACGUAGAACUCUUCAUAUUACUGGAAUGGUUGGAAUGUGCUUCUCAACUGCAAUGAUUGCUAUUUCUAUGCUUGUUGCUAAGUCUAUUGAAUUUGUCUCCUUCCUUUCAAUCAUUUUUGUUCUACUCUUUGUUAUCUCAUUCGCAACUGGACCAGCUAUGUUUUAUUCGACUGCUAUUUUCAAGGGAGCCGGUCUUAAAGGACAAUGGCCAAAUUAUGCCACAAUUGCAAUGGGGGCUAUAAAUGUUUUGAUGACUGUUGUGUCUGUUUAUUUGGUUGAACAUCCCCGCUUUGGACGUAGAACUCUUCAUAUUACUGGAAUGGUCGGAAUGUGUUUCUCAACAGCGAUGAUUGCUAUUUCUAUGCUUGUUGCUAAGUCCAUUGAAUUUGUCUCCUUCCUUUCAAUCAUUUUUGUUCUACUCUUUGUCAUCUCAUUCGCAACUGGACCAGGAUCAAUCCCUUGGUUCUAUGUAAACGAAAUGUUCCCGUCAAAUUUGCGUGGUAUUGCCAGCACUUUUGCGGUUACUGUAAAUUGGAUUUGUGUUAUACUCGUUGCUACGUUCUUCCCAAUUAUUGAUGGUAUUCUGGCGGAAUAUUCCUUCUUUGUAUUCACUGCUCUCCUGCUAAUAUUUAUUCUGUUCGCACUCAAGUUUUUGCCCGAGACCAAGAAUAAAACGCUUGAGCAAGUUUAUGAAGAAAUGGAUAACCGAAGGGGUGUUAAGACUAAAUUGAAUAAUAAUCAAGUUUGA